AUGCCUAGGAAGCAAACUUUGAUAGCCAGGCGUGAUCUUCCGAUAUUCAUCAAGCAAGAAACUACUGAAAAUGAGCAUAGUUCCCAGCAGUUGUUGACUUUAGGCAACGUUUAUCCACGUCAACUGACACAAAGCACAACAAAGACAGCAGAUUUUUCUUCUUACGUAAACACUGAUUUGAAAUGUGAUUUCGGACAAAUUACCCCACUUGACCCCAGUUUCUCGGAGUUUCAACUAGUGCAAGGCUUUGAAAAACCACAGGUCAAGCGACGGUUGGAGUUAGAACAUGAUAUAACCAUUGAAGGCUUCAAGACUCCUAAACCAUGCAAACGCAGGAAGAGCCUGGGAGAAUCACCCAGAGGUAAAUGGCAAAGGUCACCUAUUGAAAAGACCAGGUAUGACACGUCUCUAGGUUUGCUGACCAAGAAGUUUGUUGGUUUGCUGCGCAGCUCACCUGAUGGGGUGGUUGACCUAAACAAGGCGUCAGAAGUGUUGGAAGUUCAAAAGAGAAGAAUCUACGACAUCACAAAUGUUUUAGAGGGCAUUAACCUCAUACAAAAAAAGUCCAAAAAUAACAUUCAAUGGAGGGGUGCCGUAAACACGUUCACUGCAUCGGGGGAGCCAUCGGUUCCUCAGGUUGCACAGCUGAGCACAACCAGUGUGGACCUGCACUCGGACAUGGCCGAGCUGAGGUCAAAAGAGUUAGCACUAGACAAGAUGAUAGCAAACACUACGAGACAGCUGAGGUUGAUGACAGAGGAUUCUGAAAAUGCUAGAUAUCCUUUUCCUAUGUUCCUUAACAGACGUACAUUAGCAUACGUCACCUAUCAGGAUAUUAGAAGCUUAAGCUCUUUGAAAGAGCAGACGGUGAUAGCCAUCAAAGCUCCGCCAGAGACCAGGCUGGAGGUGCCUGACCCAGAAAACAACAUACAGAUUUGGUUAAAAAGUUCUCGUGGGCCCAUCGAUGUCUUCCUGUGUCCUGAUGAUUUACCAGGUGAAGAAUCCAGUUCCAGUUCCGAGUCUACAGCAUCCGCUGCAGGUCAAGAUGAGGUUGAUGGUCUGUUUGAUUUUGGCCUCGAGUCCAAGCCUGAUUUAGCAGCAGCAGCAACAGCAGUGGCUACUGCAGAGUCAGGACCGCCAAAUUUGGGCUGUGAGUGCUUAUCUGACCGGCUGACCAGUAUUGAAUCAAUCAAGCAGGAGUUGUUCUCAGAGGAGUCUGCCUCGGCUGAAGAUACUCUGCUGAGAACCGAGAUAUCCCCAAUCUGUGGAUCCUCAAUCCUCCACACCACCACAGACCAGGACAUGCCCGACAUGCCCUUCAUGCACAUAAACCCCACAUUUAACCUCGACGACGACUACUUCUUCAAUGUUAACGAAAGUAACUUUAGCGAGCUCCUCGACGCUUACGACCUGGGCUUAUAA